AUCACCGACUGACUCAAAGGGAGCAAAUAUACAGCCAUUGGAGCAAACCCUGAUCGCUUCUCUGUAUGAUAUCAAUGGUAUACACUUUACUAUAUCGGACAUAAGAGGUCAACUGCUUCUUUAAAAAAUGUCUAGACUACAGUUGUUACACCUAUUUGUCAGUGAGCGGCUAAAAGCGGCUGCUGCUGAAAUAUUUGGGGCCGUGGAAAAAACAAUAACGGAUUACCAGGAAGAAAUCUCCCGUUCAAAGGAGGACAACGACCGUUUACGAUCGCUGUUCGAUAUCGCUUUCCAACCUCAGUUACCGAAAGCAGACCCACUCCAUCUCACUCUCUCCAAAGAGCUUCUCCCUGAGCAUCAGCACCAUGAGCAGAAGUGGAGCCCCAGUCUGGACCAGGGGGACCCAGAGCCCACGCAGGUUAAACAGGAACCAGGGGAGUUUGGGACCAGUCAGAGGGAGGAGUUAAUAACCAAAGACUCCAUUUUGAGGGACUGUAAUCAGAAACUACCUGAGCCACAUCUUUACCACAUCCAAAUAGUGGAGAACAGAGAGAUGGACUCACUAUCGAUCAACACAACAGGAGAGAUCAAAACAGAACCUGGUGAAGAGUGUUAUGGUGGGUCUCACUGGGAACCAACCAGUGACUCUCAGUCCCUCUCUGCAGUAAAUCCUGACAGUUCUGCAGCUCAGACUGAAAACAGUGAAAGUGAGGAUGGGGUGGACAGUGGAGGACUACCAUCAGGGCUACAACCAUUACAAUCAAUCAACACCCAAACCACUUCUCAAGAUAAAAAGAUGUUUCCAUGCCGUACGAAAUCACGCCGCCAAAGACUAGCCACACCGUGUUUUUGCAAAGUGUGUGAAAAGUCUUUUGACUUCAUAAAUCAUUUAAUCAAUCAUGUGCGAAUGCAUGCAAAGGAUAAAGAUCACGUCUGUGGUGUAUGUGGAAAUGGCUUUGAGUCCACAGACAGCAUGCUGGAUCACCUACUAACACACAUUGGAGCCAAACCUUUUUGCCAGAUGUGUGGUAAAUGCUUCACUAAUAAGGCGAACCUGAAAGUGCAUAUUGUGAGGGCGCAUGCCGGUGAGAGACCAUUUGAGUGUCCUGUGUGUGGAAAACGCUUUCAAACAUCAUUCAUUUUAAAAACACACCAAGUCAUUCAUACUGGGGAGAAACCAUUUCAGUGUCAAGAUUGCGGUAAACAUUUCAGUCGAAAAGGAAGCUUGCAGAUGCACCUGAGGACACACACAAAGGAGAAGCCGCAUCGUUGCCAUGUUUGUGGAAAGGGCUUCCCUGUGAAGAGAUCCCUGACCACACAUAUGACAAGUCACACAGGGUUGAAACCGCAUCGCUGUGAAGAAUGUGGCAAGGCCUUCGCUGUGAGUGAAGCCCUGACAGUGCACAUGAAGACUCACCUAGAGGAGAAACCGCAUCCAUGCCAUGAAUGCAGCAAACGCUUCAAUCGGAUGGGAUCCCUUAGAAGGCAUAUGAGCUUGAUUCACAAACUGGAGAAAUCGUGAUAUGCGUGGGGAAAAUGUAUCGGUUUAAACUAGAUUUGAAAAGUACUAACUGAUAUCUAGAAUUAUACACAUGCUGUAUCUCAGAAGUCACUGCUUUUGGUUGAAAAAGGUAGACAAUAAUGAAUGCAUGAACUUGCAUAACAUUGUGUGGAGCCACAGAGUGGUGUGUCUAACAAAGACCUCUUACUGGAUUAAUUCAAAUUGCAUGUUUUGAAAAUAUGUUUGAGAAGGAGGCUCUUUGUUGAAAUAUGUCAAAUCUAUUUUGACUGUGUUUCACAAAAUGUAAUAGUUUAAUAAAACAGAUGUUGAAAAUGUU